GUCCCACAACGACUUGCCGGGGGCCCUGGCCGCCUUUCGCGCCAUUCUUCGGAUGGGUCGUCAGCCCAACACCAUUUCUUUCAACUCUCUUUUCUCCGCUCUUAUGAAGGACGCCAAUGCCUGCCUUCCCAGAUGGACCCCCCCUCUUGAGGAAGGGGGGGAGGAGGGGCCGGACAAGACCGGGGAGCGACUGUCCCACGGGCAGGGAUAUCUUUUGGAAGACGAGUAUCCUGCUGUGUCGGCUCUCUCGAGCGAGGGUCGCGGGCUGAUAUCCCUUCUCGAGUCUCUGCAGGAUAGGACCCUUCUGGAAGCCUCCUUGGUUGUGCUUCGGAGCAUGUACCAUGAGGGGAAAAGACCCUCAAGCUCGAAGGAGACCAGAGAGGGUUCCGAGACAGGCAACGAGAAUAUGCUUCAAGGGUAUGAGCUUGGGCAGGGACGCGCAUCCUCCCCCCCCUCCGUGACCGCUUCAGCGCGUCCCAACGCCCGGACCUUCACCAUCCUGAUGGCCGGCAUCAACCGGGCGGACCUGGGGCCUCGAGGGACUGCUCUUUGCAUUGCCCUGUACCACGAAGCCCAAGAAGAUGGUGUGUCCCCGAACGGUAUCAUGUGCCAUGCUUUGCUCCGCUCAUUCGGGCCGGACGCGAAAGGGGCCCUGGGUUUCUUCAAGCGGGAACUCCGGGUCUCUCUGAAGGCACUGGAUGCGGUCGACCGCGUGGAGGAGGCAGCGAGAGGAUUGGAAGACGAGACAGAGGAUGGACGAGAAAUCGACGGGGUUUUUACGUCCGGUGGGAAUCUGUCGCUGGCUUACAUGGCCUUGCUCUACAUCUGUGGGGUCUCCGGGCGUUCCGAUCUGGCCCUGCAGUUGCUCUAUGCUAUGCAGCGGGACGGACUGCCCACUGAUCAAAAUGUUUGGGAGGCUUUUGAGGCGGGCAAAACGGCUCCUGGCGCUGCCGCUACUGCCACGUCGUCCAUGGGCCAGUUGUGGAUGGGCCCCUACGAG